AUGGCACUUCCCCGCGAAGACUUCGGGUUCAGGACCCUCGACGGGCUUACCUUGCGUGGAUGGCUGUUCCCCACAUCGCAACGCGGUCCAGCCAUAAUUAUGUCGCCGGGGUUCAACAUGCCUAAAGACGCGAUCCUUCCAGACAUCGCAAAGUGGUUCCGAGAGCAAGGCGUCACCUGUCUGCUCUACGAUCCGCGUGGAAUUGGCGCCAGCGACGGAGAGCCUCGAAAUGAAAUCGACGCAAGACAACAAGCCGAGCAUCUCCACGACGCAAUCACCUGGUUCAAAGACCACCCGCUCGUCGACGAGAACACACUCGCGCUCUGGGGCCUCUGCUUCGGCGGCAAUCCUGCCCGCCGACAACCAAUCCUCGAGCUCGCAAUGCACGACCGCGCCACCCGCCUAACCGCCGACCCCUCCGAGCCCGAAGAACCCAUGUACCUCCCCUACGUAAACGAAGACGUGAGCAUCCCCAUCGGCCUGCAGCUGCCCGCGCUCGACCGCUUGGGAAUCCCUGUAGAAAACCGAAUCUCCGUUCAGACUUACUACAAAAGUUUGUCGUGGAAGGUGAUGGAUGUGGUUGGAAUGGACAAAGAGAGCACGAAUGUUAAACAUGCAUACCUUCUUGAUGAGGACCCGCGAGUCUUUGACCGAGACUUCUUCUCUAUUACUCUAAAGGAGGCCGAGGCCAUGGACCCGCAGCAACGCCUCCUGCUUGAAACUGUAUACAAGGGCAUCCAAUCAACCGGCUACUUAGUUCAGCAACUGCGGGGCUCUCUAACCGCUGUAUUUGUCGGCUGCAUGAGCUUUGACUACUAA